CUUUAUUCCUUGUUUUCGCCUUUUGUUUGUCAUAAAGAAUCAAACCCCUAUUACCCUAUUCAAAACCUCGGAGGUACUCCAUAAUUCACAGCUGAAUAGCGAAAGAGAGAUAUAUAAUAUAUUCGUGUAGGGAUGGCGAGGAUAAUGCCAAUGACGGCAUCCUCAAUUAGGCCUUCACUCUCAUCCCUCAGGUUUUGUCGCUUCUGCGUUUCUCACAGUUCUUCCCGCAAGUUUGCUUCUUUCCAUCUCGGCACUGCAGUUCCACAGAUGCAAUCUUUUGGCGUUAAAGCUUCUAAGUUGUUGAGAGAAAAAGGAAGCAACUUUUCAAUUGGUGCAGUUGGAAGUAUGGCACAUGCAAGCACUGCUACCACUCAAGAAAAUGUCCUAGACUGGGUCAAACAGGACAAGAGAAGAAUGCUUCACGUUGUUUACCGUGUCGGAGACCUUGAUCGAACCAUCAAAUUCUACACAGAGUGUCUAGGGAUGAAAUUGUUAAGAAAGC